AUGGUCAUGGCGCAAGAGGCCUGGGAUGCUGUCGAGUCAUCCACCAUUCAGCAUUGCUGGAAUCACGCAGGAAUCCAAGCCAACUCUCCAGCACCUUCGUCUCACCCUCCCCAUGCAGACCCGGGUGCAUGGAGCAUCAUCCGCCAGUUUGCAGAUACUGAUGACAUGACCUUGCCUCAGGCCGAAGCUUGCCUGAAAGAACACCUUGGCAAUAAUUAUGUUGAGGGGGACUGGGUGGAUGCCCUCAAAGCUGUUAUGGACGCAGAGGGUGACAACAUCAAAGUGGCCGAGACUGUCGAGAAACUUGCAUCACUCCAAACUCUCGAACAUGGAUUGAUGAAGUCCAUAGAGGAGCUUACAACGCGAAGACAGAUCAUUGGCACGCCACUGUCUGUUGACGAGAUUCUCGACCCUCAAGAAGAGAAGAACAUUGGGGAAGUAACUGUUUAUGAAGAUGAUGAUGCAAUUGUUGCAGAAAUUCGGCGCCGGCAAGGAAUUAGGAGCGGGGAGCUGGUUGAAGUAGAAUCAGAUGAUGAAGACGAGGAUGAUCAACCCAAGGUCUGUGUUGCUGAAUUGAUUCCGCUGUGUGAAAAGCUCGAAGUUGCAUGUAUUGUGUGA